AUGACUUGGGACUGGAAAUCAACGCCUUCCUCUCUUGAGGAGGUUUCGGAAUUGUUCCAACUUCUUAAUGAUGUUCAUAAUCUAGAGUGGCAAGGUGAAGUUGAUAAUUGGAAAUGGAAGGAUACGAAGGAUGGGCUGUUCAAGGUUUCUUCGGCUAAAAGAUUGAUGUCAAAUGACACUUCGGGUACUUGCAGGUCGAUGGUUAAAUGGAAGGGAUGGACGCCACUCAAGUGCAAAAUUUUGGUUUGGAGAGCUUUGCUUAAUCGGGUUCCUACCGUUGUAGAGCUUAUCAAACGUGGAGUCAAUAUUCUCGAUACCGCUUGUUCGUUGUGUCAUAGUGACUUGGAGACAGCCUUGCACCUUUUCACAGGGUGUAUUUUCUCCCACGAGGUCUGGUUUCGAAUCGAACGGUGGUGCCGCUUGAAUCAUACCUUUAUUUUUGAUGUUACGGAUCUUAUUCGUGUGCUGGAAUCGACGUCUAUGUCCAAAGAUAAUAAGCACAUCUUAAGGGGUAUAGUCUACACUUUUAUGUGGGUUUUGUGGAUUGAGCGCAAUGACCGGAUUUUCAACGACAAGAAGCGGAGUCCUAUUCAGAUUGUGGAGAAUAUUAAAUCUACGACUUAUUUUUGGUUACGAAAUAGGACUAGAUGGAAAGAUACAGAUUGGAAAACUUGGUGUAUUUGCCCUUUGGGUUGA